UUCUUGUACUAAGUAGUAUAUUUGAAGUACAAUAGAAUAACUGCAUUAAUAAUGAAAACGCUCGUAUUUCAUAUUUUCAUUUUUGCUCUCAUAGCUUUUGCCUCUGCAUCUUGUAAUAGCGCAAAGAAGAUAGGAUCCCACUAUGACCAUUACCAAACUUGCUUAACCGAACUUGGUGUAACAGAGGAUGAGCUCUUCUCGGUUGGUGAAGUAACAAAUGGCCAGCACAAAACCAAGCAUGAAGAUACCAAACAACACAAGAAUGGUUGCAUCAUGCAAUGUGUGUUUGAAAAAUUGGGACUAAUGAUUGGAGCGGAUUUUGAUGAAGAGAAAAUGCGUGAGUAUUAUAUUAAGGAAAAAGGUCUUCAACCAGGAGAUCAAAGAAUAGAUUUUCUGAGUAGCUGCAUGGAACAAACAAAAAACAUGGAAGAUAAAUGUGACAAAAGCUUGGGCUUUAUAGGAUGUGUCUUAAUGAACGAAGUUAGUCUCCCCGCUUCUAACGAAGAAGCACGUUUAGUUCUUAUAUUAGUACAUUCAAAGUACAGUAGAAUAACUGCCUUAAUAAUGAAGACGUUCGUAUUGCAUAUUUUUAUUUUUGCUCUCGUGGCUUUCGCUUCUGCAUCUCGUGAUAGCGCGAGGAAGAUAGGAUCCCAAUAUGACAAUUACGCGACUUGCUUAGCCGAACAUAGUCUAACAGAGGAUGACAUCUUCUCGAUUGGUGAAGUAUCAAGUGGCCAGCACAAAACCAAUCAUGAAGAUACCGAACUACACAAAAAUGGUUGCGUCAUGCAAUGUUUGUUAGAAAAAGAUGGACUGAUGUCUGGAGCUGAUUAUGAUGAAGAGAAAAUGCGUGAGGACUAUAUCAAGGAAACAGGUGCUCAACCAGGAGAUCAAAGGAUAGAAGCUCUGAAUGCCUGCAUGCAAGAAACAAAAGACAUGGAGGAUAAAUGUGACAAAAGCUUGCUCCUUGUAGCAUGUGUCUUAGCAGCUGAAGCUGUGCUCGCCGAUUCUAACGAAGGAGCAUAAGAAAUGCAAUUAAAAACAGCUGGCAUACAACCAUUAUAUGAAAAUUUGCAACAUAUAGCAUUUUAAAUAAAGAAAUAAAAUUAUACAGCUUUCUUUUGUAUUGACAUGUUAAAAUAAUACUAUGAAUAAAUUUGAUUCAAUAAAGCAAUUUUGUUAAAAA